AUGGACCCGCUACAGUUCGCCUACAGGCCGGGCAUCGGAGUUGAGGACGCCAUCAUCUCCCUCCUCCAUCGCUCCCUGUCCCACCUGGAGAAACCCGGCUCCACUGUGAGGAUUAUGUUCUUCGACUUCUCCAGCGCCUUCAACACCAUCCAGCUGAGGCUUCUCAGGGACAAGCUGGAGGCAGGUGGAGUGGACUACGACCUGUCCCAGUGGAUCCUGGACUACCUCACAGACAGACCCCAGUUUACUGGACUCUCAGACCUGUGGACCAGACUGGACUCUCUCAGACCUGUGGACCAGUCUGGACUCUCUCAGACCUGUGGACCAGACUGGACUCUCAGACCUGUGGACCAGACUGGAUUCUCUCAGACCUGUGGACCAGACUGGACUCUCUUCGACCUGUGGACCAGACUGGACUCUCUCAGACCUGUGGACCAGCCUGGACUCUCUCAGACCUGUGGACCAGCCUGGACUCUCUCAGAACUGUGGACCAGCCUGGACUCUCUCAGACCUGUGGACCAGCCUAGACUCUCAGACCUGUGGACCAGACUGGACUCUCAGACCUGUGGACCAGACUGGACUCUCUCAAACCUGUGGACCAGCCUGGACUCUCUCAGACCUGUGGACCAGUCUGGACUCUCAGACCUGUGGACCAGACUGGACUCUCUCAGACCUGUGGACCAGACUGGACUCUCUCCGACCUGUGGACCAGACUGGACUCUCUCAGACCUGUGGACCAGACUGGACUCUCUCCGACCUGUGGACCAGACUGGACUCUCUCAGACCUGUGGACCAGCCUGGACUCUCUCAGACCUGUGGACCAGUCUGAACUCUCUCCAACCUGUGGACCAGACUGGACUCUCUCCGACCUGUGGACCAGCCUGGACUCUCUCCGACCUGUGGACCAGACUGGACUCUCUCAGACCUGUGGACCAGCCUGGACUCUCUCCGACCUGUGGACCAGACUGGACUCUCUCAGACCUGUGGACCAGCCUGGACUCUCUCCAACCUGUGGACCAGACUGGACUCUCUCCGACCUGUGGACCAGCCUGGACUCUCUCCGACCUGUGGACCAGACUGGACUCUCAGACCUGUGGACCAGACUGGACUCUCAGACCUGUGGACCAGACUGGACUCUCAGACCUGUGGACCAGCCUGGACUCUCUCAGACCUGUGGACCAGCCUGGACUCUCAGACCUGUGGACCAGAUUGGACUCUCUCAGACCUGUGGACCAGACUGGACUCUCUCAGACCUGUGGACCAGCCUGGACUCUCUCCGACCUGUGA